UGUGAGCAGGAGGGAGAGAGAGAGAGAGAGAGGAGUUUGAAGACUUGAAAGAGAGGGAGAGGCUGGAAACUCCCUCACACUGCACAGCUCUGCUCUUACACUCUGCAGCUCGUGUGCACACACUCGAGCUGCAGCACACUUCAGGACUGCAGGAGGAAACCUGCGGCCUCUCUGGAGGACGACAAUCAGGAAACAAUUUCCCGGAGUUAUAUCGCUUUUAUACGUUGGAUUAAGAAAAGACAUCUGGAGACGUGUGGGUGGGGACGUCGGGGUAAAAGCUUCCAGCCGUGAUUUGCUCCUCGUGCGGCAUCUGCUUGAACUCACUGCAGGUGUGAACGACUUUAUUUCCCCCGAGAGGUCGAGGAAAACUUCCCGUGUUUGACCCCUGACCUCUGCAGCACCUGCUCUUCAGGGUUUGCAUCUUCACGGCGAGGACACAUCUUCCAUUUGGGAUCUGGUUCGUCUUCAUUCAGGAUCUGAGUUUCUCCUGCGGCUCGGCUGAGGGGCGAGGGAGAUCAGAGGGUGAGGAGGGUUUUUCCUUUAAGAUUAGAGAAGGAGCGAGGGAGGCAAAGAGGGGAGGGAAAGAUAAACAGGCAGUUUAAGGCUGUAAACACGUCCCGUCCAGAAUCUCUCCUCUAAACACAUCAGGGAUAAAUCAAGGCAGAAGCAGCCUGAGGACAAACUGGACACAACUGAGGUCCCAGCCUGGAUUCACAGGGGGAAUCAAACCUGAAUCAAGUCUUGGUUCCAGAGAAGAAGCCACAGUCAUGGCCUCAGACGUCUCCUGCAGUUUCUCCUGCCUCUGCACCAGAAUGAAGAGGCAGCACUCGAGCAUCAGCGGCGGCCUCCUCCUCCACCGCAGGACCCUGCUCCUCUUCCCCCUGCUCCUCCUGCUCUCCCUGUGGAGCCAGCAGGCCGAGGCCGUGGUCCACUCCAGCUUCCGGCGGCUCAGCGGCCGCGAGAAGAAGGAGAUGCAGAAGGAGAUCCUGUCCAUCCUGGGUCUGCCCGGACGACCCAGACCCCACCCGCCGCUGCGUCCUCCCUCCUCCGCCCCGCUCUUCAUGCUGGACCUCUACCACGCCAUGUCGGCGGACGGGGAGGACGACGGGAACGAGAUCAUCCUGAACGCAGCGGGCAUGGGGAGGUUCGGGGGGGCAGAGAGGUUGGCUCAGGUCAACCACGCGGCCCUGCCCACCCUCAGCACGCACACGCCAGCGCUGGGGACGGUGGUGAGCGAGGCCGACACCGUGAUGAGCUUCGUCAACGUGGUGGAGCAGGAGCGGGACCUCCUGCAGCCUCGUCCCUACUGGAAGGAGUUUCGCUUCGACCUGACCCCCCUCCCUCAGGGGGAGACGGUGACGGCAGCAGAGUUUCGGAUCUACAAAACCCUGACGAUGGGUCAGAGGGCGAAUCGGACGCUGCACAUCUCCGUCUACGAGAUCCAGAGAGAGAACAGACACAGGGAGCCGGAGCUGGUGCUGCUGGACAUGCAGUCGGUGCCGGCAGGGCAGGAGGGCUGGUUGGCCUUCGACGUCACCACGGCCGCCAACCACUGGCUCCUCCACCCGCGCAGCAACCUGGGAAUCCGCCUGUACGUGGAGACGGAGGAGGGUGAGAGCAGCACCACUGCACCUUCACAGUCCUGCUGCUGCGUCCUGCUUCUGUCUGUGUGCGACCUAAUGAAUUCCUCCUCUGCAGACCGCUCCCUGUCCGCGGGCUGGAUCGGCCUGGUGGGCCGCAGGGGGCCUCGCUCCAAGCAGCCCUUCAUGGUGACCUUCUUCAGGGAGAGCCAGGUCCCGUGCCGGCCCCCCCGAGCCGUCAAGCCUCACCCCCGCAGGAAGAAACCCAAAUACGACCUCCCAGUUCCCAGCAUUCAUAAUCGGAGUCCGGCCAACAACGGGGGUCAGCCGUGUAAAAAACAUGAACUGUACGUCAGCUUCAGUGACCUGGGAUGGAAGGACUGGGUUUUGGCUCCGACUGGAUAUUCGGCCUACUACUGUGACGGAGAGUGUUUCUAUCCUCUGGGCUCCUGCAUGAACGCCACCAACCACGCACUCAUCCAGCAAGUGGUUCACCUCCUGAAGCCGGACGAGGUUCCGAAGGCGUGUUGCGCUCCCACCAAGCUCAGCCCCAUCUCCGUCCUCUUCUACGACGACAACAACAACGUGAUCCUCAAGAAGCAUCGAAACAUGGUGGUGAAGACCUGCGGGUGUCUAUGAUAACAGGGAAGCUCAAACCAGUCGCGUGCUGGUUCCACUGUACUGGGAUCGCUUUAUCUCCCACAGUUUUUACUGAAAAGCUUUAAAUCUUUCUUGUACCACAUUUUCCAGACUGAGGAAAUUUGUUUAUGUUCACAACGUUUAAUUUCCCAUCCGUCCUGUGGCUGAAUCUCAACCUUUGACCUUAAAGCUCAGUCGGCUCCAGUGUUCAGAGCAAAGGUCGAAUCAUGGAAGGACGUUUAAAAGCACAAAUGUUAAACUGCAUUAAACAUUAGAAUCUUUUUCCUCUUCCUCACCUGGAGACACCAAACUCUCACACACACGUUUUUACAGGUAAAUGAUGUAAAACGGCUCCACGCGCCGUUAGUGAUGCCUGUUUGGUUUUUUGUAGUUUGCAACAUGAAUCUAUAAGAAGAGAAUUUUUAAAUGUAUUCAAUGAAUAAAGAUAUUUACAUUAUCUUCACCUGUGGAAACAGAAACUAAAUAAAGUACUU